CGCCAGAUGAAUUUCGCUGAUGUGGAAUUUGCAUGCAGUUCUACAUUCACAUUAGCAUGCAUUCACAUGUACACCUUUUCCAGAGAAACGAAACCUUUCUGUGCCCUUUAUCUGAUAGAAUAAAUCGAAACUGAUCUCACUUCAACCAGCCUUCUUUAAGGGUGCACACCAAAAUGGCAGAGGCAAAUAUCUCAGUGGAUGAAAACCAUUUCCAAUGUCCGAUUUGUUUGGAGCUACUGAAGGAUCCAGUAACUAUUCCAUGUGGACACAGUUACUGUAUGGAGUGUAUUACGAAGGGAUGGGACAUAGACGAUGAAAAGGGUGUCUACGGUUGCCCCCAGUGCAGGCAGACGUUCAACCCAAGACCUGUUUUAGGUAAAAAUCCCAUUCUGGCUAACAUGGUUGCAAAGCUAAAGACCCAUGGUCUUCAAAGCAUUCAAUCGGAUGGCGGGUUUGCUGAACCUGGCGAUGUGGAUUGUACGGUUUGCAUAGGAAGGAAACGCAAAGCUGACCUAACGUGUCUGGAGUGCCUUGAUUCCUACUGUGCAACUCACUUAUGCCGCCACGAGGAACUUUUCCUAGGAAAGAAGCACAAGAUGGUUAAGGCUGUCGUUGACAUCCAGGCGAGAGUGUGUUCACAACAUAACAAACCACUAGAAGUUUUUUGCCAGACUGAUGAAGAGUGUGUGUGUGUUGAGUGCAUCACAGAAAAGCACCAAGGACACGAUGUACUCUCACCUGCACGUGCACAGGAACAUGAAAAGAGGAUAAUGGAAUUAAGCUUACAGAGUGAAAUCUCUAAGAGGGAAUCUGAACUUAACAAGCUGACAGAAAAUGUUGAGCCUCUAAAGUCCUUUGCACAGGCUGCAGUGGAGCACAGUGACAGUGUCUUCACAGAGCUGCAGGCCUUCAUUGAGCAAAAGCGUGUAGAGGUGGCGGAGAUGAUCAGAACUCAGAAGGAGGCGGAGCUGAGUCGGGCAGAGCAGCUGCAGGAGGAGCUCAAUGUGCUGAAGAAGAGAGCAGCUGAUAUGGCACAGCUGGCAAGCACAGAGGAUUACAUACAUUUCCUACAGAGUCUCUCUUCUUUUUCCCCAAAAGAUUUACCAGCUGUCACUGUCAGUGAAUGCUUCUCAUUUGAUGGUGUAAAAACAUCUGUCUCUCAUCUAAAGGAUAUGGUGAACGAAACAUGCACAAAUCAAGUAGGACUUGUGCAGAGAAGUGUGAAGUUUGCAAUGUUUCAAGAAAUGACCAGAUAUCAGUUGAAGAAAUAUUCCUGCUAUCCAAAACUAGAUGAGGAUACUGCACACAGACACCACCUCUUGUCUGAAAAGGGCACCAAACUUGAAUGGAGUCACAAUCCUACCUAUAGACGUGAUUAUUUCAGAGAUUGCCGACAGGCGUUGUGUUCAGAAGGUUUGUCCAGGCGUGCAUAUUGGGAGGUUGAGUGGGAUAGUCCGUUUGAAAUUUAUAUUGCAGUUGCAUAUCAUGACAUUGCACGGACAGGUACGAACAGCAGGUUUGGGUUUAAUAACAAAUCCUGGUGUUUGGGCUGCAAAAACUCUUGUCUUACUUUUUCACACAAUAAUGUUGAGACUGAAAUUCCAGGUCAAGCCCCCUCCAAAAUUGGGGUAUAUCUAGAUCACCAGGCAGGAAUUCUGGCUUUCUACGGGAUCACUAACUGUGACAGUUACACUGCCACAUAUCUUAUUUACAGAGUUCAUGCCAGAUUUACCGAGCCAUUAUUCCCAGGAUUUUACCUGUCAAGAGGCCAAAUAAAACUGUUUUAAAGGGUUUAUUGGCUACAGAAAAUGCUGUUUGUUUGGUAUAAUGAUAUACAGUUGUGUUUAAAAUAAUAGCAGUCCAACAUCAAUAACCUCAUAAACAUUUUUGGUAGAAGUGAUAUUUCUACAUGGCAAAUAAUUUAAGUGUUGUAGAGUCAUAGAAAACCAACAGACCCAACAGUCAUGACAUGCAUGCUGCUCAUUCUGUGUAAUUGAAUCUGUAAUUGAAAGGGCCAUGUUCAAAAUAAUAGCAGUGUUGUGUUCAAUUAGUGAGGUGAUUGAUUCUGUGAAGAAACAGGUGUCAAUUAUGGCCCAUAUUUAAGGAAGGAAGGGAGUAAAUGUUGUGCAUGCUGGUUAUAGUGCAUUUCACACUGCAAAAUGGGUCGUUCCAGACAUUGCGCUGAGGAACAGCAGACUUUAAUAAAAAAGUUGAUUUGAGAGGGGAAAACAUAAAGAAGUGCAGAAAAUGUCUGCAAAGUCCCAUUGCUGAAAAAGAGACGUGCUGAAUAGGUUGAAAUUUGCCAACGGACACAUUGACUCACCAAAGGAGAAAUUGUGCAACAUUCUGUGCCCAUGCACUGAAUUCAAGCCACAGCACACUGAAGACAGUAAAGCAUGGUGGUGUAAAAAUCAUUUUAUGGGGAUGUUUCUCAUACUGUGGUGUUGGGCUUAUUUAUCGCAUAGGGAUCAUGGAUCAGUUUCAAUACAUAAAAAUACUUGAAGAGGUCAUGUUGCCUUAUGCUGAAGAGGAAAUGCCUUUGAAAUGGGUCUUUCAAUAAGACAGUGACCCAAAACACACCAGUAAGCGAGCAAAGUCUUGGUUCUAGAUGAACAGGUCUCAAUCCCAUAAAAAACUUGUAGGGUGACAUCAAAAAUGCUGUUUCUGAAGCAAAAACACAGAAAUGCAGAGGAAUUGUGGAAUGUAGUUCAAUUGUCCUGGGCUGGAAUACCUGUUCACAAGUGCCAGAAGUUGGUCGACUCCAUGCAACACAGAUGUGAAGCAGUUCUCAGAAAUAAUGGUUAUGCAACUAAAUAUUAGUGCAGUGAUUCAGAGUUUUUAAGCAAAGUUUUAAAGCAAAAUCUUGAAACAUUUUUAGUUUAUUCAGUAAAUGUUCAGUGUUUGUAAAUAAAAAUGCAAACACUGCUAUAUUUUUGAACAGCCUAAUAUUCUUUUUCACUUUCUGUAAAGGUGUAACACAAACUUGAUCAAUUUUGGUCAUGUUUUGAUUUGGAAUUGAAUGU